UCUUCACCAUCGUCAUCAUCAUCCCAACCACCAACGGAACAGAAACCGUGUGACCUUUUUAAGGGUCACUGGGUGCAAGCAUUGGGAGGUUCAUCCACCUAUUACACCAAUUCUAGCUGCCCUUCAAUCCCUGAUGGCAAAAACUGUUUCAGGCAUGGCAGAAAGGACAGUGAUUUUCUGAAUUGGAGAUGGAAACCUGAUGAAUGUGAGCUUCCAAGGUUUGAUCCCAACACCUUCUUUCAGAUUGUUCAUGGCAAAACAAUGGCUUUCAUUGGUGACUCUGUCGCUAGAAACCACGUCGAAUCGCUUCUAUGCCUCUUGUCACAGGAAGAAGUUCCAAAGGACGUGUACAAGGACUCAGAAGACAGGUUCCGGAAAUGGUAUUUCCCAAUGCACAACUUCAGUCUGAUGAUGUUGUGGAGCAGGUUCCUGGUAGUGGGCGAGGAAAUAACGGUAAACGGCACGGGCACGAGCGUGUUCAACAUGCAGCUGGACAAGGUAGACAAUGACUGGGCCAAAGAGCUUCCGUACUUAGAUUACGCAGUGAUCUCAUCUGGGCACUGGUUUUUCAGAGGGAUGCGUCUGCACGAAGGUGGAAAAGAAAUAGGGUGUGUGUACUGCGACGAACCGAACGUGACAAGGUACAACACUGACUUCCCUUUGAGAAAAGCAAUGAGAACAGCGUUUAGGUAUAUGAGUGAGUGCAAGGAGUGCAGAAGGAGGAGGAUGGUGACGGUGAUGAGGACUUUUGCAGCGGCGCACUUUGAGAAUGGGUAUUGGAACACCGGAGGGUACUGCAAUAGGACAGGUCCGAUGAGUGAGGGAGAGGUGGAUUUUGGGAAGUUUGAAUGGGAAGUGAGGAAUGUUCAGAUGGAGGAGUUUGAGAGAGGAAGGAAAAAUGGUGGUAGGUUUGAGGUGGUGGAUGUUUCAAGAGCCAUGCUUAUGAGAGCAGAUGGUCAUCCUGGAGAGCAUUGGGGGAACAAAUGGAUGAAGGGUUACAAUGAUUGCACUCACUGGUGCAUGCCUGGCCCUGUUGAUAUGUGGAGUGAGUUGCUUCUUGCUGUGCUCAGAAAACCUUCUGCUUUUCAUCUUAAUUCUGUUUAGUUCAAACUUUUACAUACACAAAACAUAGAUUUUGUUUUAGAGGUUCUUUUCUUUUUGGUAUACAAUAAUGACGGUAGUGUAGUUCUCAAAUCUGGUUGAAGUUGCAGCGAUUUUGAUUGUGGAAGCUAGCUGUUAGCAGAGGAUAUACAGACUGGGCUAAUUAAUUUCUAUGUACGACAAUGUA